UCUUUUUUUACUCGACUUCCGUUGAAAACAAGAGCACGUGUGGGCCGCCGCUGUCAGUUCGUACCUCUAGCGGCUGCAGCGGCGUUAAAAGCGGCAUUUGCUGGACGUGUCAACAGCCGGGGUUAAGUUUGUUUUAGGUGGAAAGGCAAACGGGGAAGCUUCGAAAGGAGACGGUACGUGCAGAGUUCGGAACGGUUAAGCUGCCUGUCGCGCGGCACCAACGACUGACUGCCUGCCAUGAGUUUUGUGGAAUAUUCCGACUUUAUCCAAGACGGGGAUGUUGCCAUAGUUCACCUGGGCCACAACUCGGUGACGCCUGUCAAAGUGCAGCACGGCGCUCAGACACAGACACGCUAUGGAGUCAUUCGCCAUUCCACGGACCUUAUCGGUCAGCGCUACGGCUCUAAAGUAACGUGUAGUAAAGGCGGAUGGGUACACGUGCUUCACCCCACACCGGAGCUUUGGACCGUCUCGCUGCCUCACCGCACCCAGAUCCUCUACACCACAGACAUCGCCAUGGUCACAAUGAUGCUGGAGCUGAAGCCAGGAUCAGUGGUUUGCGAGUCAGGUACGGGUAGCGGAUCCCUCUCCCACGCCAUCUUGCGCACCAUCGCUCCCACGGGCCACCUGCACACAGUGGAGUUCCACCAGCAGCGGGCAGAAAAGGUGGUCGAGGAGUUCAAGGAGCACCGCGUGGAUCAGCUGGUCACCGUCAGGAACCAGGACGUGUGCAAGGACGGGUUUGGCGUGACGGGCGUGGCAGACGCAGUCUUCCUGGACAUCCCCAGCCCCUGGGAGGCAGUGGGACAUGCCAAGGCUGCUAUGAAGAAGCACGGAGGCCGCCUGUGCUCCUUCUCGCCGUGUAUAGAGCAGGUUCAGAGGACAUGUGAGGCGCUGACGGAGCAGGGCUUUGAGGAGAUCAGGUCGCUGGAGAUUCUGCUGAGGGUCCACAAUGUCCGACCUGUCACCCUGCAACUGCCCGACUUCGGCCCCGACUCCUCCGACUCCUCCUCCCAGGCAGGCCCAGAAGCCCUGAAGGAGGCUCCUCCCUCCGCCACGCCAAACCAUGCCUCCUUAAAAAUUAAGACCACCACCCCACCCAGAGAAAUGCCCGGUCACACAGGGUAUCUCACCUUCGCUACCAAACCUAGAACCUGAAGCUACCUGACAUCUGUUUGUUGCUUGCAUCAAGCAGAAGUUAAAAUCAGUAGUUUAUUCUAAAAACAAAAUGUGGCUGUAUUGCUCUCUGACUUAUGUUUUUAUAAGGUUACCUUUUAUACCUGCUUUUACUUUAGUGGAGCAUUUCUGUUUAGUUUUCAUUGUUUGCACCUGUGUUGCCAGUACAGACAAUAAAUGAGUGAAAACUGA